CAUCUUCUUCAAUUUCUGGUAAGAUACCGAAAAUUAAAAAAUUGAGCUAAGAAAAAAGAGUUUGCCCUUCCUCCACUGGCUCAUCCUACUCUCCAGCCUCCCCUCUCCCACUGUCCCUCAUUACCAACAAACUCUCUGUCUCCCCGAACUCUUAUAUUCUGCGCGAGUGGGACCCCAUCAACGACAGUAGCACUGUAAAGAGCAAAUAAUCCAGUGAAUAACCGCAAUCAUUUGUUUUUAAAUUUCUCAAUUAUGGCUGCUUCUUCACUUGUUCAUCAAACUUCAAUCUUUUCUUCAAUACCCACAAAAUCUCAUGAACCCCACCUUCCAAAUUCAUUAUUAUUUCAUAUACCCAGAAAACUCCAUUACCAAAAAAGGUUGUUUUCUCUUCAGUGUGCUUCUUCCUCAUCUGGGACUACAAUGAGUUCCAAGGCAGAAAAAGAAACCAAAUUGUGGGGUGGCAGGUUUGAAGAGAGUGUUACUGAGGUUGUUGAGAAGUUCACUGAGUCAAUUUCAUUCGACAAAGCGCUUUACAAGCAUGAUAUCAUGGGUAGCCGUGCUCAUGCUUCCAUGCUUGCUCACCAGGGACUAAUCAGUUUCCAAGAUAGAGAUAGUAUACUCCAAGGACUUGACGAGAUAAAGAGGCGUAUAGAGGCUGGUGAAUUUGUAUGGAGGAGUGAUAGGGAAGAUGUUCACAUGAACAUUGAAGCGGCACUUACAGAUCUUAUUGGCGAGCCUGCGAAGAAGCUUCACACUGCGCGAAGCCGAAAUGAUCAAGUUUCAACAGAUUUUCGCUUGUGGUGUCGAGAUGCUAUUGAUGAAAUCCUCAAAAAGAUUAAAAAGCUUCAGGUUGCAUUGGUUACCUUGGCCUUGAAGAAUGAAGGCUUGAUUGUUCCUGGCUACACACAUCUGCAAAGGGCUCAGCCAGUGUUAUUGGAACAUCUUCUUUUAGCAUAUGUUGAACAGCUUGACCGUGAUGCUGGUCGACUAGCAGAUUGUAGCGUUAGGUUGAAUUACUGUCCACUGGGUGCGUGUGCAUUGGCUGGGACUGGCUUACCAAUUGAUAGGUUUAUGACCUCUGAUGCCUUGGGAUUCUCUGCUCCUUUGAGAAACAGCAUUGAUGCAGUUUCAGAUAGAGACUUUGUGUUAGAGUUCCUUUCAGCUAAUUCCAUCACAGCCAUUCAUCUCUCUCGGCUUGGUGAAGAGUGGGUGUUAUGGGCUUCUGAGGAAUUUGGAUUUUUGACUCCUAAUGAUUCAGUUUCUACUGGAAGUAGUAUAAUGCCUCAGAAGAAAAACCCAGAUCCCAUGGAACUUGUCCGUGGAAAAUCUGCACGAGUUGUAGGUGACCUAAUAACUCUUCUUGUACUAUGCAAGGGACUUCCCCAAGCUUAUAACCGUGAUCUGCAGGAGGAUAAGGAGCCUGCAUUUGACAGUGUGAAGACUAUUAUAGGCAUGCUGGAAGUGUGUUCUGAGUUUGCGCAAAAUGUUACCUUCAACAAAGACAAGAUCAAGAACUCUCUGCCUGCUGGCCAUCUUGAUGCCACAACAGUUGCAGAUUAUCUUGUAAAGAAGGGAGUACCCUUCAGAACUGGUCAUGAUAUUGUGGGAAGAUGUGUUGCAUUGUGUGUUUCUAAGGGUUGCCGACUAGAAGAUCUAACCAUUGACGAGCUGAAGGGUAUUAGUCCUUCUUUUAGUGAGGAUGUGUAUGAUUAUCUUGGUGUAGAGAAUUCUGUGAAGAAGUUUUGCUCAUACGGUUCAACAGGCUCAGAAUGUGUGUCAAGUCAGCUUGAUUUUUGGGCCGCCCAACUUGAGAUAGACAGAACUGCAUACAGCCAGUAGUGAAUCGAUUGUUCUGACUUCUGACCUAAGAUUGUUUAGAUAUCAAAAUCUCGUCCAUCCUUUUCAGUUUAUAAUGAACUGUACUUGUUUUUUACUCUUCAAUAAUGAAUCUUUCUUUUUUGUGGCUUUUCUUGAA